GUUUUGCUACAAAACGUUUCCAUUACGACCGUUCGGUAGUUCGUAUAAUGUCUCAAUUAUAAGUUGUUCUUUUUUUUGAGUUGCUUUAUUUUUAAUCGGAUUGUUUUGUUUUAAAUUACUGUUAUCUGUUUAUUUUCUUCCAAUGAAAUCACGACGUUAAAAAACCUAAAUUCUUUCAAUCUGUUCUCUCGUACUAUUAUAUCUAUUUAAUUUCCUUUGAUGGUCACGAUUUAUCUCUAAUCUAACUCCUACUUACUUCUUAUCUAAAAGAAAACAUAAAACAAUAAUUUUUCAAACUACAUAUAUCUCAAAAAUAAAUUCACAAUGGACUGGAAUUGGGCUAUUGGCGGCAUUACCGACGAAGUACCACGAACUGCUGGUCCAGAUUGCAUUAACUACAUGACAAAUCAACGCCGUUUUAUUGAAGCAAUCAUCGUGACAUUUCUGUGCCUAUGGGUAAUAAGAUGGGCCUACAAACGUAUGGAUCCCAUCGAAGUACCAGCCGGACCACCUGAACCACAUUCGCCUAUGAGGCUUUUCCUUCUUAUUCUUAUGUGCUUUAUAUUUGGAGUUGAAAUGGGUUUUAAAUUGGCCGGAGAAUCUGUGAUAUUUGUUCUCAAUCCAUGCCAUAUUCAAACGAUAAUUCAAAUAUACCUCUUGGCAGCGAGGCCGAGUAAACUUACAAUAGCCUUGUUUAGGAUACAAUUGAGUUAUGUAAACGGACCAUUCUUGGCUUCUUUGUUUCCUGAAGUUGAAAGCAGAACAUAUGCUUUUGAAAAGUGUACCUAUUGGAUACAACACGCACUGUUGUAUCUAAUACCAGUUUAUAUGUUAAGGAGCGGAGCGUACAAAGCGGAAAAGUUAAAAGAUUUUAACUGGGUCGCCAUUGGUGUAGCUAUAAUGUUUCUUUAUCAUUUCAAUUUCCUGACAUAUAUGUCAGUGUUAUCAGGUGUAAAUCUAAGUCAUAUGAUGUGUGCAGCAAUAGCAGAUCCCUUCCAAGGCAACAACUAUCGUAUAGCUGCCUUAUUCCACGAAUCAACUCUAUGUCCAAUUCUCAAUAAAUUAACAAUCAUAAUGUUUAAUAGACCUGAAUCUGAUGAAUCGACUUCAUCUUUAAGUUCACAUGUGAAAAAGAUCCCAUCAAAUAAAACCCAAGGAGUGGAAACUAUCGAACAUAAUAUAUUAACAACUAAAAUCGAUUAGUAUCUAAUUAGAGACAUAACAAAAAUUAGUAAAAUUUAUUAAUUAAUUAAAAUUGUUUUUGUUUGUUAAUUCGUAUAUUCCUAGCUUUAAACAAUUAUAUAUGUACGUAUAAUGAAACAUUUAUUUCAAAAAGUUGUGUGUCUGUAGAAAAAAUAUUCCAUAAGAGAUUUAUUAUUACCUAUAUACUUUGUUCUGUUUAAAUUACAUAAAAUGUAUUAUAAGAAAAUACUACCUAUAAAAAUAACUUGAUAAUUGUUCAAAAAUGAUUUAUAUAGUAUGUAUAAUAGCUCAAUGAAAGAUACAAAAAUUGUGGACUCAUUACCCGCAAAAUGUGAUUGUAAAAUAUAGUUUUAAAAAAUGUAAUAAAUGAAAAAAAUACCAAAGCAAAAAAACA